AUGAGUUUAUUGCGAAGCUUGGCUGGACGGAGGGUUUUCUUUUCCCACUGCCGUCGAUCUCUAUCGCUCAACACCCGGCCGAAGCGGGAGGUCAAACUAGGCCAGCCGACAUUCGAGACAAGACCGCAUUACAUACCACUCGCCGGGAAUCUAACACCAGGCAUUUCUGCACUCGAAUACUUUGAACGUCGAUUGAAGCUAGCAUCGCGAUUGCCCGAUAAGUCAGUGUUGAUAAUAGUUGGGAACACGGUCAAGUUUAGUUCGGGGAGCGUUUUUUAUGAUUUUCAGCAGGAGAAUGAUUUUUACUAUCUAACGGGGUGGCUUGAGCCGGAUAGUAUCAUGGUUUUGGAGAAAAAGGGAGACCAUGGACGAGAUGAGGAUGUGGCUCUCCAUUUGCUUGUUCCGCCAAAAGAUCCGCAGCGGGAGCGUUGGGAAGGCGCCAAAUCGGGACUAGAAGGAGCCUAUGAUUUUUUCAAUGCAGAUUAUGUGGAGGAUGUCGCCAAUGCGUCCUCUUACAUCAGCAAGUUGAUAUCCUCCAAUGAGCAUGUCUUUUACGAUAACAAGUCGGGAGACUCUCCGCUGCUGAAUCCGGGCUCCUCCUCAUCAUCAUCAUCUCUGCUGUUUUUCGGUUUCGGAAAGAAAAGGGAAACUUUGAAUGACGCCAUUAUGAACGCGGGAAAGCCCGUUAACCCAGUGAAGAAAGAAGUGGCAAAAUUGCGCAGUGUCAAGUCGCCAGCUGAAAUUGAGGUUAUGUAUGCUGCGGGCCAAAUCUCGAGUAGGGCAAUCAACAAGGCCAUGGGUCAAGUUGCUUCUGAGACUCCUUUCCAAACGGAGAAAACGUUGGCAAAGUACUUGGAGUACCAAUUUGUCAAGGGUGGCUGCGAUAAACAAGCCUAUAUCCCCGUGGUUGCAAGUGGCUCGAAUGCGUUGACGAUCCAUUACACUAGAAAUGAUGAUUUAUUAUACAAGGACGAAACGGUGUUUAUCGAUGCCGGUGGGAAACUUGGAGGUUAUUGCGCCGACAUUUCGCGAACUUGGCCCAACUCACGCAAGGGCUUCAGCGAGCCGCAACGGGACUUGUACCAAGCGGUGCUCAACACCAACAAGGCGUGCAUCGAUCUAUGCGACGAGAGCUUGAAGAUGUCGCUUCAUGAUAUACACGAGUUUUCCGUUAAUACCUUGCUCAAGGAACUUCGCAACAUUACUGGAUUUGGAAACACUACUUACAAUGACGUCAAAGUUCUUUAUCCUCAUUACAUCGGCCAUCAUCUCGGCUUGGACUUGCAUGAUGUGCCGUCGAUCUCGAGGUUUGAUAAAUUGAAAGAGGGCAACGUCAUCACUAUUGAGCCCGGGUUAUAUAUCCCGGAAGAUCGACCUUGGCCGAAACUGUUCCAAGGUAUUGGGGUAAGGGUGGAAGACGAUAUAGUCGUGGGCAAGACUAAAGAUGAGAUGAUCAAUUUAUCAGCUGGAUGUGUUAAAGAGGUCACUGGUAUUGAGUCCUUGAUCCGCAACGGAGUCUCGACGCCUGGAAUAGACGACGAGUUGGUGACCUUGGAUAUAUAG